AAUAAGCCCCAUAGGAGGCAGGAGCCGAUGCUUCAGGAUGGGGCUUACACAGCUGAAGUAUACAAGUCAAACUUGUUCAAACUCCAGGUUGACGAACUCCUGCAACAACUCAAGCCAAAGUAUGGAAAGAAAGAAGCGCCAGCGGAAAAGGCGAUGUGGACUCUCAAGACCAUUAUCGAGCAGAUACCCAGCCGAGCUCCUCUUUCGAUUCCGGACUCAGAGACUGCACUCGAGUCUGAGAAGAUAGUCAUACCUUUCCCCAAUCCACGACCACCAAGAGACGCAAAAUACAAAAUGCAAUACGACCGGCCAACGAGCAUAAAUGCUAUAGGCAGCUAUCCCUUGAAAACGACGACUCGGGCUGAAGAUGAAUUGGCCAUUGACUUAGCCGUGACCAUGCCUAAGUCCUUAUUCCAAGAGAAGGACUACCUCAACCAUCGGUACUUCUAUAAACGGGCGUUUUACCUGGCAUGUCUAGCGGCUGGUAUUCGCGGCUCGAAGGAACAUAAAUUCAAUGCCUCGUUUGAGCUCCUGAAUGGGAAUCAACUGCAACCCAUCAUCGUCAUUCGCCCAAUUCGAGAUGGUAACGCUGAUGACUUUUCAGCCUCUAAGUGUCGAAUUCACAUUUUACCCGCCCUCCCAGACAAGAUGUUCUUGGAGAGCAAACUACGACCGGAUUCCAACUGUAUUCGUCCCAAGGACUCCAAUGAUAAGCCCGAGAGCAUGAGACCUAAGCCCACACCAUUCUACAAUGCUACAGUUCAGUCCGAUGCCUCGAUUUCUCCCUACCUUAAAUUCCUCCAUUAUUCGUCUAGUAAGUGCAACGCCUAUAAAGAUGCUUGCAUCCUUGGUCGCACUUGGCUGAGACAACGAGGUUUUGGAGGCUCUGCCAGGAAUGGCGGCUUUGGCAAUUUCGAAUGGGGCACAAUUAUAGCGAUUCUCUUACAGGCGAAUCUUGGAGAUGGAGUUCCACCCCUUUCUUCUGGAUAUAGCAGCUACCAGCUGUUCAAGGCAACUCUUCAAUUUCUUGCGACUCGGGAUUUAAUUAAGGCUCCAUACGCUUUCAAUUCCUGCUACAACUCCAGCGACUUCUCGGUUUCCACGGCAGAGUCGACACCUAUCUUUUUCGAUGGUCCUAGAAACAUAAAUAUCUUGUUCAAGAUGAGCCCUUGGUCCUAUGAAAGGCUACGGUCGGAAGCAGAGUUGACUGUUGACAUGCUUGGAGACUCGGUGUUUGAUCAAUUCGAUUCGACUUUUAUCCUCAAAGCCAAUGCCCCGAAUUAUCGUUACGACACUACUUUAGAAGUCCCUUUGGCCGCAUUUGGAUUUGACUCCAUGAGUGAAACGCACGAUCAAGAUAUACUCCAAGCAUGUCGAAAUAUGUACUUUAUCCUCGCACGGGCGCUCACGAAUCGAGUCACAACUAUAAGCUUUCAUAUGCCAAAUCAAGGGAGCUGGCCAGUGACUUCGCGGAGGCCUCCAGAGGACCAAAAAAGGCGCAUUCUCAUUACUUUUGCGACCAAUCCAUCCUACGCAAAUCGAACUGUUGACUAUGGGCCAACUGCGGAGAACAAGAAGGACGCUGCGUCCUUCCGUCAAUUCUGGGGUGAGAAGGCCGAGCUCAGACGAUUCAAGGAUGGGAGCAUUCUUGAAAGUGUGGUCUGGUCUUACAAACACAACUCCACUCCAGUCAUCCAGCAGAUCAUACUCUUCAUCAUCGGAAAGCAUUUUAGUGCCAAAUUAGCUGGCGAAGCAGUAUUUACGACUGACAGACUUGGCCAUCUGAUUCCGUCUGGACGUAUCGUAGGAAAAUCAGGGAUCGAGCCUUUCUCCCCUCUAAUGACUGCAUUUGCGACUCUUGAUAAAGAUAUCCGGGGCCUUGAGGGUUUCCCUCUCCAAAUCCGUCACAUCAUUGCUGCGGAUCCUCAACUACGGUACUCGACUGUCGAAUUUCCAACAUAUGCCUCCAAAACAUUCCCGCACACACCGGCGUCGGUUGUAGUCCAAUUUGAGGGGUCUGCCCGUUGGCCUGACGAUCUUGCCGCAAUUCAACGAACAAAAAUAGCAUUUCUGUUGAAGGUCGCUGAUUUACUAUCGUCAUCCAAGUCUACAUAUGUCACACGCGUUGGGCUUGAAAAUCCGUCGCAGCCUUCCCUGAAUCAAGCGUACCUCGAGAUCAUUCUCCCAUCUAGCCUCUCCUUCAGACUACGGAUACAUCACGACCGCGAAGCAACUUUACUUGAUCGCCAGCUUAAAGACAAAUCCUUAGAUGGGUUCUCCCGUGAAUCUUCAGCUUUGGCACUUGCUGUUUAUAAGCGCGAGUUCCAGCAUUUACCUGCUCAUACGCAAGCCAUGCAGUCCAUGUGUACGCGGUUUCCUGCUCUCUCACCCUCCAUCCGGCUGACGAAACGGUGGUUUGACUCACAUCUUUUGUCGCCUCAUUUCUCCCCCGUGCUCAUUGAGCUUCUGGUCGUGCGUACAUUUUUGCAACCCUACCCUUGGCCUGUCCCUUCUUGUGCGACGACAGGCUUUUUAAGGACAUUAGCGUGGAUCAGUCGAUGGGACUGGCGACAUAACCCACUUGUUAUCGAUUUCUCUACUUUCCUUCCUGCCAAGGGUUCCACAGAUCUUACAGGGGGCAAUACAAAAGGCCUGAAAGCGGAAGACUUGGACAAAAUCCACCUAUCUUUUGAAGCAUGGCGACGGAUUGAUCCCUCCAUGAAUCGUGUUGUCCUCUUUGCCGCCUCCAAUAUUGACCCACAAGGCACGACAUGGACGGACCGGGGAAUGCCAGAGAAGGUUGUUGCUGCGAGACUAACAUCGCUGGCGAGGAGUGCGACUGGUCUUGUCCGAGAGGACGAUGACAGACUUAUGUCACGUCUGGCGGGGGAGGAGAAUCGCGAUAUACUAUCUAACUAUUUCACUGCCGAGGCGCUUUUCAUACCCCAGCUUAAGGACUACGAUGUGGUCAUCCACAUCUCCUCUGAUUUGUCUAGGGCCGGAGAGAAGAGAAAGGAGUCAAAAUUCAAAAAUCUACAGAUCCAGCUAGAGUCACAAGAACUCGGAGAUUCGCAGAAAAUUGGGUACGACCCCGUCGAGUUAUUUGCAAGAGAACUGCAGGAAGUAUAUGGAGAAGCUUUACUCUGGUUCUGGGACCCUGAAGCUUUAGACGUUAUUGCUGGGCUUUGGAAUCCUAGCGCCACCGCACAGAGAGGGUUCAAAGUGAAAUCUGGUUGGAACAGUCUGCCUGUCAACACUUACAAGCAGGGCCAGAAGAACAACCAAGGCGAGACAAGUCACCAGGUAGAAAUCCAAAUUAAUAAAGGAGCCAUACUGAAUGAAAUUGGGAAGUUGGGUGGGGAGAUAAUUAAUACCAUCGAGGUUCGCUAAGUAGGUCGGCG